AUGAACCUGAAGAAGAAGAAGAAGAAGAAGAAGAAGAAGAAGAAGAAGAAGAAGAAGGCUAAGAACUUUGGGAUUUCUGGAUACAUUUUCUGUGCCAUCUCCUGCACUCCAGUGCCCAUGUUAAUUUCUCUGAAGGAGCCCAUUUAGCAUGUUGCAAAGGAAGAAAUGAGGUCAAAAUGGCAUGAGAGAAAACAGAUGCUGUCACUCCCUGCCAUCUAACCUCACUGCCCCUUUCUGUCACCGCUGCCCCUCACCCUGCCAUCAAGCCUAUAAUCUGUGCAUCAGAUUUUGCUACAGUCUAGCUCACUCGACUUGCAGAUUUUCAAGGACAUUUCUUCAAUCUCACCUUCUCCAACUUCCGACAUUUUGUAUUGAUUUAUGGCAUUGCAGUUAGCUGGGGGGGAAAUAAAAAUCCCAGGCCUCCUUUUUCCUCCAUAGCUUCUUUGCUGCUUCAGAUGCAGCCCCGUCUUCUAUGAGCAGCUACUUAACUGCUGUACUGCAUUUCAACAGACUAUGAGAGUUAUUGGGAGUUUGAAAAUAAACAGAUGGCAUGCAUGAAACGUCUAAGGUUUUGUCUGCACAUUUAAAAUAGCAUCAUGCCACUUUAAACAGUCGUAACUUCCACCGAAGAAUCCAUGACUUCAUUUGAGAGAGCUAUGCAUGAUGUGUUAGGGUUGACUGGCUUUGCUUUCAAACUUUUCAAACUCAUUUUGAUGCCUCAUCAGCUCCAUUAAAUCUUAUCAGCUUGGCAGUCUUUUAUCAGGCUUAAGUUUCUGUACCCAUAACAUACUCCCAACCUAGGAUCCCCUAUGAUAAGAAGUGCAAUGCAGGAAACUCUCUCUGGGAACGCUCUCUGGGAACUUAAAAGGCCUAGGCUAUAGGGCCAUGGACACAUAUUUACAUAAAAUUUGCAAAUGCUGAUUUACAGGUUGAGACACAGGUUUAGACAUCCAGUGUUACAUAAAGUGAGUCAACCAAUUUAUCUGUCCAAACCACCCCAAAUUAUUCAAUUAAUUUGCUCCCCACAUCAGUUCACACCAAAACAGGUUGUUUGUUUUGAAAAGAUUGGUUCCAGAUCCAUUCAGUUCCUUCAGUUCCCCCCGUGUUACCCCCAAACCAUAUCUGAAGUCAACUUAAAUUUAAUAGCCCAAUUUAAUAGUCUACCCAGGAACCAAGAUUGCCCCUUAAUUCAAUUUCCCCCAAACUUAUUCCCUACCUGGGACACUCAGAAAACGUUUUGGGAGCUUAUGUCCACGCAAUGCCAACUAUGCACCAUUCAUGCACAUCUUAAGGUUUGCAGGAGCCACAGGUUGGAGGAAAUAAAAAUAAAUAUGGGGAAGGGGGGAGGGGCAGACCUCAGAAAGGCCCAGGGAGGACUGAGCAUGCUCAAUGGGUAUGACAUUCUGAGUACCUAUUAGGAUAAGAGGCACAAGUGUACAAUCUGUGUACUCAGAUAGUUGAGCUGUACACUUUGCACCCUCAUUCAGUGUGAGCAAGCCUGUUCUCGUAAGCCCCACUCAUUUUUCUGUCUUGUUCUCAUGGCGGUUGCACCUUGUGCACCCGGCACAAUUUCAAGAACAGCUGCUGUAGAGCAGGGGUCAGCAAACUUUUUCAGCCGUGGGCCGGUCCACUGUCCCUCAGACCUAGUGGGGAGGGCGGACUAUAUUUUUUGCGGGGGGGAAUGAACGAAUUCCUAUGCCCCACAAAUAACCCAGAGAUGCAUUUUAAAUAAAAGAACACAUUCUACUCAUGUAAAAACACGAUGAUUCCCGGACCAUCCGCGCGCUGGAUUGAGAAGGCAAUUGGGCCGGAUCCGGAGCCCAGGCCUUAGUUUGCCUGCCCAUUCAUCGUCUACAGAACCUUGUCAAAGGGGACCCCAUUUGGGAAAGUGAGCAACCAGAGAGCUCAAGCAUGAGCAACGGGGACAUCUGGUGGCUGUGGAGAACCAAAAGUGCAGCAGGAGUGCACUCUAUGCAGAGUAAAUGGGGUGUGUACACAGGGAGUGGCAGCUUACUCAGUGACCAGGUAGGGGACUGACGGUGGACUUAAUCAGUUAUUGAAAGUGCCAGGACUGUGAUACUUAGUCACCUCAUUGAUCAUUGCUGGGAAACUUCAGAAGUGGAAGGAAAAGCUCCAAAGUUUUUAUACCAUGUCAUGAAAAUGUUCAAAAGUGGAUUCAAAAUCCAGUUAAUAAACAGCAAGUUACAAUCAUGUAUUUUCAUAUUUUAUGUGACUGACUCAUGAACUUUUCAGUAUAAUGGUUUUCUUACCAAUUGGUUAUCUGGGGUGUUUGGGGAGGGGUGGUACCUCAGGUGGAGGACACCCACAUCAUGCUUCUUUUGGGGUACUGUGUCCAUCUUUGGUCCCCAUCCUGCACUCAGCUCUCACCUGUGUCUCCUAGAAGCUGUCAGCAUGCAACGGCGGCCACACCCUGGGAAAUGGCUCUGACUGGCUGGCUAAGCCAGGUGAGGGUACCUGAUGGGUGAGUUAAGAGCUUCCCCUGCAUGCGAAGACAGGCUCCAGUGGAUUGAGCAGACAAGACCAAUACAGUUGUACCUUGGAUCCCAAACGCCUUGGUACUCGGACAUUUUGGCUCCCAAGCGCCACAAACCCAGAAGUGAGAGUUCUGGUUUGCGAACAUUCUUUGGAACCUGAAUGUCUCACAGGGCUUACAGGGCUUCCGAUUGGCUGCAGGAGCUUCCUACAGCCAAUUAGAAGCUGUGCUUUGGUUUCCAGAUGUUUUGGAAGUCGAACGGACUUCUGGAACGGAUUCUGUUCAACUUCCGAGGUACGACAGUAGUAGGUCCAACAGUCAAGAAGGCCGGUGGGGCUCAUCUACCCGGGAAGGGAGCCCAUCUAGGAGAAGGAAAACUCUGAUUCUAAAGCUCCACUGCCUUGCAGGAUAUCUUUGGGAGAAGAGAAGGCUCAGGAGUAAACCCUACACAAAUCUGGGGAGGGGGGUCCCCAAUAUGGUUAGAUGGCGCCUUGUACGUCUCUUUCUGGCAACUCCUGCAGCAAAGUUGGUGCUAAAUGUCUUGCUCUGCUUUCCUUUGGGUUACCUUAGCAAGGCCAAGAGGGGAGUCUUGUCCUCUGGGCAGCUCAGCACCUCCAGACACACAGCCCACCCUUGCCCCCCAGGGAGGUCACUUUGGUUCUGCUAAUGCAGCAGACUGACUUCACCCCAGAGGCACACUCCAUUGUCUCUUGGGACAGAUGGAUGCCAACAAUUGGUCCUCUACAGCACGAGGUGUCCUGGAGCUCCCUGAAUGAAACAUCACAGAGCAGCCUGUGCUGAAGGACCACAGGGUUCACUAGGCGGAUCUGUUGUCUUUGAGGGAAACUGCAGUCCAACCUUCCCAACCAUGACACAGGUGUCUUCUUUUCAGAACCAAGAGGGAAAUGCCAAGUGGCCACGAAACCAUAAGGAGCACUAGAGGCGCUGGCUCAGUCAGGUGCCUGGCAUCAAAAUGGGCUAAAAGAAUACUUUUAAAUUCUUAUCCAAUUUAGCAUGUUUAUUUUACUUGCGUUUCAGAAGCAAGCUAAGAACUUUGAAACAGCAGGAAAGAACUGUAUGCCAGGAUACCAACACAAAUUUCAUCACAUGAAAUUAGGACAUAAAACUAUCCCUACAAUUUUCCAUCCCCCCCCCCCAUUUUUUUCACAAUACAGUAAAAUAAUGGAUAGAAUAAAUACAAUCAAAAAGACAAAAGAGAGAGGAAAGAGAGAAAGAAAAAAGGAAAGGAAAGAGAAAGAAAAGGAAAAAAAGAAGGGGAGGGAGAACACAGAAAUAAGAAACACCAAAGAUUUAAAAAUAUUUCUGAUUCUUUGUCUGCUGGUUACAUUAGAAAAUGACUGUUUAAACCAUCCAGUCCAUGUUGGUACCCAUCAUCUCCACUUUCUGUUUAACCACAUUUCUUUUUAUUCAAAGUGUCACCACAUCAUUUAUUUCUUCUUCCCACGAAACUCCGAGGGAAUUCCAAAUUGUUAUUAUUAAUAAUAAUUAGCUAUACUUCUAUUAAUUCCCAUGACCAUUCCUCUGCAUUGGAUAAUAGUAUGUUCUUCCAUCCAUUCUCAUACUAAAAAUUUCUCUACUGUGGUCACAUGUUGAAGUAGUAUUCCAUGUUGUUGUUUUUACCCUUAUUGUAUAUCCUUGAGUUCAUGCCCAGUUCUGCAUAGUCAGAAUCCAUUUCCUGAUGUUUUCUGUUAUAUUUACAAUGGAGUCUUGAUAUCAUUCCCUAGAACCUUCCAUUUUCUUUUUCUCAGUCUUUUUCAAGAGACAGCACCAUAAAUAACAUCAUUCUCCAAAUUUACUCCAAAUUGCUUGCAGAAUACUCUCUCUGUUAGAGCUGGAGAAUGGCCAGGACUGGAUUUUUCCUCUCAGCUCCAUCAAUGAAAAAUCCAAAAAGUUCUCCAUCUCUCCAUUCAUGAUGCCAUCCUCUUCUCAUCCAAACCCUUAAAUAGAGGGCAUUUCCAUUAUAGCAUCUGUCCUGUCCCAUUUUACUUUUCCAUCAUCCAAUCCUGUCAGUUCUUCAUCAACCUGGUCUGGGGUCUCUAGAUAUUCUCCAUCUCAAUUUUCCAUUUCAUCUCUCUCUGAUUCAUCAUACAUUGAUCUGAUCUCUUUUAAUUGUUCACCCAGCAACUGCUGAACAAUCCCAAUGGUCACUGGAGAAUUCAAGGGUAUCUUUGUCAUACUGGAUCUUUUUUAUGCUUUAGAAAUUGCUCAUAACACAAGUUGGAUCUACACUGACCUGUUUAACGCUAUUUGCCCCCAUUAGAACAAUAUUAGAUAUGUCAUUCUAAAGUGUCACAGGGCAUAUUUGUUAACUAAAACGUUUUUUUUAACCUUGAUUUUUUUGGCCAAAUGUAAGUAAUACCUCAUCAUAUCAUUUCCCAAAAUUCUGUUUCUUUCCGUGCUGCUGGUUGCUCUGCUCUGCCCUCUGGUGUCACAUUUUAACACCGCUCCUCGAAGGGGGGUCAGAGUUGGAAUGCAGUAAAAAAAAAAAAAAAAGGUAAAACGCUACAUAGGAACAUAUGAUCCUCUGCUUUUCUCCUUUAAAUCCCCAUAGAGGUAGGCACAGCCCACACAGGGCCUUUCAGGAGAGAGGCCAAAGAGCCCUAGAGAAAGAGGAAUCUGCCCGUCACCACACUUUAGAGGAGCAUGUGAAGUGCCUUCCCAUGAAGGGAGCCAGGCAGUCCAAGCUGCAAACCGAACCCUGCCAGAAAAAGGGAAGCAGGACCCCAGUGAGGCCGCCUGGUGGACAGAGAGGUGAACUUGUCCAUUACGUGGCGUAGCACAUGAAACAAGGAACGUAGAGGCUAUUCUCCUUGACGACUCUUCUCCUGUGUUUUGAAUGAGGUGCCUGGGCUCUAUCUGCUCCAGCAGAGCACUUCCCCUUUCACUGUUAGCAACUAAUUAUUCUCAGUCUAAAGCAGGCUUCCUCAACCUUGGCCCUCCAGAUGUUUUGAGACUACAAUUUCCAUCAUCCCUGACCACUGGUCCUGCUAGCUAGGGAUCAUGGGAGUUGUAGGCCAAAAAACAUCUGGAGGGCCAAGGUUGAGGAAGCCUGGUCUGAAGGGAUGGUGCAUGGGGUGGGUUCUGCAGCCACAGCCGGUGCUGUGAUGCUCCAGCAGUUUGACUUCACCUCCAGAGGUGCACUCCAUGGUCUCCCAAGACAAAUGGAUACCAACAUAAAUGCAUGCCUCAAGCGUUUUGCAUAUAUAGUUCACGCCUAUGUUAAUAAUGUCAAAUGCUAGACUUGUGGAGGAAAUGCCUUAAGUCAUGUACAAUUUAGCUCAGGGAACGUUAUCCAGUGAAGCCAACCUUAUGACAAGGCACCCCUCCUAGGAGGCCCCAUUCAUCAAGAGUUUAUGUCUGCCUACAAUGGCCAUUGUGUAAAAAUCACAAGAAGAAGAACAUUGGAAGAUGUAUUUUUUGCAGUGUGCAAAUGUUCUCCAAAAAGUAUGUGAAUAAAACAUGGCUGAUCCACAGUCAAUCAUGCCCAUGGCAGAAGUCUUCUUCAAAACAGCACUGUAGCUUGGAAGUUUGUUUUCCCCUUUUGUUUUGUUUUGUGUCAUUAGACUGCAAGCCUGAAACUUAGAACUGUUUUACCAUUGAUCUUUAUGAGAUGCUGUGAGAGUAUUUGUGGCCAGAGUGGAAGGACACCAUCAUGGCUUCUGUAUCUUUUUGUCUUUGUCUUCAAUGGCACUGGAUGUGGAAGAGGAUGGAGCUGCUCUGCGCAUCAAUGGCCACCCGAAAGAGCACACAUGGAGACUCCUGGGCAGCCAGCAAGGGAGACAGGCUGGACCAUUUGGACUAAAACCUGGAAAGCCAGGAUUUGAAUCCACACCUAGUGAUGAAGACCAUGGGGGGUGGGGACCUUGGGCCAGUUGCCAUCUCUCAGCCUCACCUAUCCCAAAAGGGUUGAGGCAAAUGGAGAAGGGGAGAAGCUCCUGGGAGGAAAGGUGGGAUUAGGAGUGUAACAAUAUCAAAUCAUCUGCCUCCACAACAGCACAUUCCCACCAUUCCUAAAAGAACAGUGGCAACCAGCUCAUAUCGCUCUGUAGGUAAAGCAGGAGCCUCUUAAUCUCAGGUGCUUUUGUAGCUGGGCAUUGCAGAGGGUUGGACUAGAUGACCCUCGGGGGUCCCUUCCAAGUCUGCCAUUCUGUGAAAUGUUUGCAGAUUCCUGUGCGUGGUCCCGUUGUGUUCAAUGUGGCAGCCUUAAGAUGCUGCAACACUGCUUUUUAGAAGGAAAAGAGAGAGAGAGGCUGUUGCGGUGGAUUCUCCUUGAGAGGGGAAGGGAUCUCUCUGCCGCCUUUCCGUUGGGAGUUUUGUUCUGAGGUCGAGGGAAACUUGGGAUAUUUUCUGUCAAGUCUGGUCACGUCCUAUGAUUUCACACUCAUUCACAGAAACGCUAAAAUCGCUUUGUGAACGCUGGAUUUUUAAUAUAUAUGAGAACUUGCUAUACAGUAUAUCCGUAAUAACUUCCUCCGCCGCCCCUCCCCCCUCCGGCCCCAGCAGAAAACACAGUACAAUAUUCUUAUAUCCCCGCGUCUCCUCCUCCUCCUCAGUCCCCGCUUCUCCUCUACCAUUGCCCAUUCCCCGCUGCUCUUGUGCUUCGCUGAGGGAAGAGCGGAGGCGGCAGCGGCGCCAUUUUGCGAGGGGCGAAGCGGCGCCUCUUUCCCCUCCCCCACGGGAGAAGAGCGACGGGCGCGGAGGCGACGAGGCCGCCAAUGGGACGGAGGCGGAGGCGGGCGGAGAGGAGGCGCGCGGCGCGGGACCUAUUUCGCGCGCUUCCCGUCGCGCGUCUCCCGACCCCGCUGGGCGACUUUUGUGGCGCCGGAAGCCGUGGGCGGGACUUCGCGGGCGGCUUCCUCCCCCUCCCCCCGCUUCUCCUUCUGCGUCCGCUCGAGGCGGGCGGGCGGGCGGGCGGACUCGCUCUCUCUCCCUCCAUCCUGGUACUUGGGCGCCUCCAUCCUGGUUUCUCAAGUGCCCGGACCCAAAACAGGAAGUAAGCGAGGCGCGAGGCGGGCGGGCGGGCGGGCGGGAGAGGCGGCCGGGGAUCAGGCCGGGCGGGCGCCCAGCGGAGGCGGAGGCGGCGGCGGCCAUGGCCCUCCGGCGGAGGCGGCGGUUGGGGUGCGCGGGGAGGGGGGGGAGGGGCCUUGGCUGCGCCCGAAAAGCGGCGCCUGGGAGGGGAGGGAGGUCUCGGGGGGGGGCACACGGGAAGCGCCUCCGUCCCCUGCGAGGCCCCCCGGGCUUCUCAUUCCGCCCUUGAGCAGCGCUGUGAGCGGCCCCGAGGCCUUUGGGCACGAAGUGGCAGCACCGAGAGUCUCCUUCCCCCCGGGAGGCUCCGUGUCCCGGGUCUCCCCCUCGCCCCUUGCCGCGUCAGGCCAGGGCAGCCAGGUGGGCUUGCGCUGUCCAAACUCCGAGGGGGAGCGGGGUUCAGGCAUCCCCACACUCGCAGCACUCUCACGCGCCACCCCAGUCUCCGCAGCACAUUGGAGACCACGGUGUCCUUAUGAUAAAUGGCUUAUUUACACAAUAUCUACCACCGGAGCCUGCCACCCCAAAAGGCACCAGGAUGGCACCCGACUUGUAUUUUAACAUGCUAAAUUAGAUGGGGGAGUCCAGGUGCCCCGCAGACUACACCCUCCGAGAAAUGCACACAUUUGACCCAGGUGUGUAUUUAACAGCUCUCCUGUAGAAAGGUAACAGGAAGGUUCCCACUUCUGACACCCAUGUUAGACGCCACCUCCAUCUCUGAGGGUUGUGAGGUUCCAGGAGGGCCAGGUGUGCUUACCCAGGGUUCUUACUUGGACAUUGAGGCCAGUGAGGGGACUGUGGUGUUUAUUUGAUAAAUGGUUUACACAUAUAUACAGCCUGAGCCUACGACAGGGGCCUACAGCAUUACGCUCUCAAAGAGUUCUUGCUUCUCCCAUGGCUACAGUCUUCCUAUUUGAACAUUGAGUCUACAGGACAUUGGACAUACAGUCUACAGAAAUCAGCCAUAGCCCUCUAUCCCAGCUCACUGCCUACAGACUGACACCUUUUUCUUAAGCUCACAUCAAGGAAACUGCAUUCCUAAAAACAGCUCUUAACUAACAGAGCUGGAGGAGGGGGCCCACUGCUCUGCUACAUGGUACAGAGUCAGUCUGCCAAGGGCACAUAUCCCUGCCUUUAUUUUCUUAAUGGCUGCCAUGUCAGCCAUUGAAUCCCUGCUGUAUCUGAAGAAUCAUGGGACUUGUUUAAAUUCUAACUUUCCUGGUUCCAGAAAUUUUGGGGAGUCUUUCCUCCCCUUCACAAACUUACAACAAUACCACAAAGAAAGGGGGGUGAUCAUACAAUACAUCAAUAUAUCCUCUAUCAUCUCAUUUAUAAAACAAAACCCAAAACACCCGCCAUAUAAAUAAUAAUAACAAACAGUGUUAACUUACAUUGCCCUGUGAAAUGAAUUUUGAGGCAGUUCACAGGGCCAUGGAGGAGGAGCAUGAGAAUAAAGCGGAUGGGGGAGACAGGGAUGAGAUGCUGUCCAGCAUCUAUUUUAUAAUGCAGAAAUACAGUGUGCUUAUGUGUCAGGGGUUCCAUAGGAGAAGAGGAGGAGUUUGGAGAAAAGGUUGUUAUCCCAUAAGUAGCCAGAACAUUAUCCUGCUAAUUAUUCUUUACUCCUUUCUCCUGUUGCACCCCUACACAUAUGCACUGCAUUUCCAUAUUAUGUAACAUUGCACGGCUUCAAAACUCUCACUCUCUCCAAUUGUUCUGGCACCUCCUGUUCUCCACAGAACUUGGAACAGAAAAAGAAUGUAGCGCCGCCAGUUUAUCCCCCCACCCCCAGCCCUCUUCUUUUGCACCCCUGAAGUAUUGCAUAAUGCUGUCAGAAUGUAGUGCAACACCUCCCCCCACUCCAUUAACAACUUUUCCCACAAGCUGCACCCCAUCCUACAGAAAAUAUUAAUGCUCCAGCAUUCCAUUCCUCCCUCCCUAGUGUCAGGCUGGUUUUCCAAACUAAUGGUAUCUUUCCAUCUCAGUUUUGUGUGCCCUGCCCAUAACAGCAAAGUCCUGUGGCACCCUAGAGGAUGAUCUACUCUAGGUUCAGUUUUCAAAUUGCCUUAUGCUUAUGGGUGGGGGUUUCAUUCCCUCCGAAGGACCAGGCAGUUGGGGAGUGCAACUGGACCAGCCUUUGCCAGUGGGUCAAGCCACUGUUGCACAUGCUGUGGUCACAUCUGGACUGUGUAUAAAGGUUACUUUUGAAGAGCUCUCAGACUGCAGCUAAUGCUGAACACUGCUGCCAGGUUACUGGGGGGCGGUCAUUAUUCAGAGCACUUAUUUCAAUUGUGUUCAAUCUGCACUGACUCGUGAUCCAUUUCUGAACCCAGCUCAAGGUGUUCAUUACCAUCUUUAAAGCCCUAAAUUAUUUGGGCCCAGGCUUCCUUGCUUCUAUAUGAUUCUGCUCACCCAUUAGCAUUGUUGUUGGCCAUGAGGAGGGAUUCUGCCUGGCAUCCUGUCUCUUCCUGAGCUAUGUUGGUGGGUAUGCUGGUAAUGCCCACCGGUCCUUUGCUGGUGAUGCCCAGUCUUUGGAGUUCCCUCCUUUGGGAGAUGGGCCAUACAGGGUUCUUCUUGCAGGCUUCCCUUAAGCAUGUGGUUGGCCACUGUGAUAGCAGGAUGCUGGCCUAGAUAGGCAUUUGGUCUGAUUCAGACAGGGCUCUUAGGUUUUUAUUGGUAUGCUAUUUUGUCUGUACUGUAUUUAUAUUUUGUAAGAGGUCCAUCUCUGGUUGAAAAGUGACACAGACAUUGUAAUGUAAAAUAAGUAAAUAGUGAGAUCUUCACAUACAACACCCUGAAAUCAAUUGUUUCUGUUACCUCAACCCAAAAUGCACAGCAUGUCACUGGCUUUGCACCCUGGAGCAGAAGUAGUUAAUAUGGUGCCCUCCAAAUAUUGAUGGACUGAAGCUUCCUCCAUCCCUGACCAUUCAGCAUGCUGAGGGAAGCGGCCGGCCUUGUUCUGCAUUCACCUACUGAUGAAUGAAUAAAUAACGUUUCUAAAAAAUCUUCUCUUCUACACAGAAUCUUACAUGCUAUAUUGUAUUAUUGUGGUCACACUUAGUGCUUCAGAAAGAGAAACCCUCAGCAUCUUUGUAUGCCCCCUUCCAGGAUGAAUCCCUUCAAUUAGGUUCUGUUUCCUCAAAAAAUGUCACACAAAACGUAACCACUUCCUGCAGAACUUGUAAAGUCUUCAGUUAGCCCAAAUGGCAAAGAGCCUCAUUGCAUUUUGAAGACAUUUACAGUGGUGCCCCGCAAGACGAAUGCCUCGCAAGACGGAAAAACCGCUAGACGAAAGGGUUUUCCGUUUUGAAGUUGCUUCGCAGGACGAAUUCCCCUAUGGGCUUGCUUCGCAAGACGAAAAUGUCUUGCGAGUCUUGAGAUUUUUCGCUUUCCCCCCCCUUUAUCUAAUCUGCUAAGCCUUUAAUAGCCUUUAAUAGCCUUUUAGCAGCUAAUCCCCUAAGCCUUUAAGCCUUUAAUAGCCGCUAAACAGCUGAUAGCGCUAAUAGCGCUAAUCCGUCAAUGGGCUUGCUUCGCAAGACGAAAAAACCGCUAGACGAAGACUCUUGCGGAACGGAUUAAUUUCGUCUUGCGAGGCACCACUGUACUGUGAUAUUAGCAUUCAUGGGCCAGAGUCCGCUCUGCCAUUUGCAUGAUCACCAUAGACUUAAUUAUUAGCUCACUGCAUUUCUUUUUAUAUCUUAUAGCAAAAUAGAACUGUUCCACUAUAAAAAAGUGGAGGCAAGUCCUUAAUAGAAGCAGGCAUUGAUGCAGUUCUGAUAGGCUGUUCAAGAGAUAAUUAAGGAAGAAAUGAAUGAAAAGUGCAAUGAGGACACUGCCAGUUAAAUAUGGAAAGGACCGUUGCUGAAUAGGUCUAAUACAGAUAAACAUAGAUAAUUAUUAAUGAAUAAGGCUAUCAAUGAUGGUGAUGGCUGCAUAGUUGAAGCAUUAUGCGGUUGAAUACCUAAGGCAGGGGAUCAUGAAUUGUUGAUCCUAAAUGCUUUAGCUAUGGCGAAGGGCACCGCUGAAUAAGAAACUGCUCUCUUAAGGGCUGGGGGGAACCUCUGUUUUAAUUCUUCAUUCAUUUUGGAAAAAUAAAGGACCAUGAUGUCGAGGGGACCUCAUUAUUCAAACUAGUAUUCUGUCCCCACUAGUGCACUAUAUUUAUACAUGUGUUACCCACAACCAUCCUCUGCCGCCCUAUAAGAAUACACUCUGCCCAAAUACACCUGUGCAUUCAAAAGCCUUUGUCACUACUUUCUCAUUGUAAUCUCUCGUGCCCGUUAUCCAUAUUUUAAAGGAAUUAAUUCCCCCUAUAAAAGGGUUCUAUUGUGAAACUUUUAUCCUCCAUUUUUUAUAUUGCUUUGCACAUGGGAUUUUUAAAAGCCAAAUUCAGUGAAAAAUGCACUCCUGUAAAAGUGAGCAUUGUGAUUCUAAAAAUACUAUGAAUGAAAAAAAAUAGCUGAAAGUUCUCACAGAGUUUUAGUUUAUGCUGUCUUAAAAUUCUGGAUACUUUUGCAUGCUUUGGCAAAAGCCCUGACAGUAAAUAAAUAAAACUAUGAUUACAGUAGGCACGAGUAAAAAUAUUCCUGCUACAGAAGGAAGAGAUCCCUGUGCAAGUUUAGUGAGCUCCAGAACCUGCAAUAUUGCAGAGAAUUCCAGAUCAGAGCCUCUGUUCAUGCAGGGAGAAACCCUUAAGAUCUUGAACUCAUCUGCUUCCAGCAUGGUAGAAUCCUGGCUCUGUAGACAGCUGCUGGGUCAGCCCUGGGUGGCAUUUUGUGAAACAUGAAUGACACUCAUUAUAUAACCUGUGACAGAAUAGUUACUCAAAAAGAACUGUAAAUAGUACAGUGAGUGGCGGGGGGGGUGAGUAUUUGAUCCCCUGCUAAAUUUGCCUGUUUGCCCUCUGAUGAAGAAAUGACCAGUCCAUAAUUUUAAUGGUAGGUUUAUUGUAGCUGUGAGAGACAGAAUAACAACAGGAAGACCCCCAGAAACCCAGAAGACAAAAGUGAGAGAUUGAUGUGCAUUAUAAUGAGUGAAAUAAGUAUUUGAUCCCCUAUCAACCAGCCAGAUGUCAGGCUACCUGGUAUCUUCACUGUAUGUAACGAGCUGAGAUUAGAAGCACCUGCUGUAAGGGAGAGGUCUUAUCUGUAAUCCCAGCUUGUUACAGUACCUGUACAAAAGACACCUGUCGAGAAGCAAUCAAUCCAGCAGAUAGUAGCUACCAAGACCAAAGAGCUGUCCAAGGAUGUCAGGGACAAGAUUGUAGACCUGCACAAGCCUGGACUGGGCUACAAGACUAUUGCCAAGCAGCUUGGUGAGAAGGUGACAACAGCUGGUGCAAUAAUUCACAAAUGGAAGAAACACAAAAUAACUGUCAACUUCCCUCGGUCUGGGGCUCCAUGCAAGAUCUCAUCUUGUGGAGUUGCAAUGAUCAGGAAAAUAGUGAUGAAGCAGCCCAGAACUAUACGGGGGGAAAUUGCCAAUGAUCUCAGGGCAGCUGGGACCAUAGUCACCAUCAAAACAGUUGGUAACACACUACAUCGUGAAGGACGGAGAUCUUGCAGAGCCCGCAAGGUCCCCUUGCUCAAGACAGCACAUGUACAGGCCCGUCUGCAGUUUGCCAAUGCACAUCUGAAUGACCCAGAGGAGAACUGGGUGAAAGUGUUGCGGUCAGAUGAGACCAAAAUUGAGCUCUUUGGCAUCAGCUCAACUCGCCGUGUUUGGAAGAGGAGGAAUACUGCCUGCGACCACAAGAACACCAUCCCCACCGUCAAACAUGGAGGGGGACAUACUAUGCUUUGGGGGUGUUUUCUGCUAAGGGGACAGGACACCUUCACCACAUUGAGGGGACGAUGGACGGGACCAUGUAUCGACAAAUCUUGGGUGAGCACCUCCUUCCCUCAGCCAGGGCAUUGAAAAUGGGUCGUGGAUGGGUAUUCCAGCAUGACAAUGACCCAAAGCACAUGGCCAAGGCAACAAAGGAGUGGCUCAAGAAGAAGCCCAUUAAGGUCCUGGAGUGGCUUAGCCAGUCUCCAGACCUUAAUCCCAUCGAAAAUCUGUGGAGGGAGCUGAAGGUUUGAGUAGCUGCACAUCAGCCUCGAAAUCUUACUGACUUGGAGAGGAUCUGCAAAGAGGAGUGGGAUGAAAUACCACCUGAGAUGUGUGCAAACCUGGUGGCCACCUGCAAGAAAUGUCUGACCUCUGUAAUUGCCAACAAGGGUUUUGCCACCAAGUACUAAGUCAUCUUUUGCAAAGGGAUCAAAUACUUAUUUCAUUCAUUAUAAUGCACAUCAAUCUCUGACUUUUGUCUUCUGGGUUUCUGGGGGUUUUCCAGUUGUUAUUCUGUCUCUCACAGCUACAAUAAGCCUACCAUUACAAUUAUGGACUGGUCAUUUCUUCGUCAGGGGGCAAACGAGCAAAUUUAGCAGGAGAUCAAAUACUAACACACACACACACACACACACGGCUCACUGUACUAUUUACGGAUUUCAUUGAAAGUGGACCCAAGCUUUUAGAUGUCAGAGGAAAUAACUAUCAGACUUGUAAAAGACACCUGAAGGCAGCCCUGCAUAGGGAAGUUCUUGAUGUUUUAAUUUGUUAGAAGCUGCCCUCAAAAUGUGCAGCCAAUUGAGCACUGCUGGUCCUCACAUGCUGCAGAGGUCCCCACUUCACCAUGGGAGUCCGCAAUCUCCAAACCUUCCGAAAUUGCUCCACUGACUGGCAACUAGAGCCUAUAAAUGCAGACUUCAAAAUGCUCCUUCACCGCCCACAUUGAGACAAGGCAAGCAUAAUUAUGUGCUAACUAGUGUAAUAGUAAUAAUUUAUUAUUACAGUCAAAGACCAGUUCAAGAAGCACAACUGAGACUGCUUUCACAAGAAUGAAAUAGACAUUUAAAACAAUAUACAAUAACAGCUUAUAGAUUAAAAUUAAAAUAGUUGCAUGAACACAAAAAGUCCUAAGGUUAAACUAACAUGCAGAUUGCCUCUGGGACGCCCAGGAGGCCAGCUACGGCAGUUUUCCUAGCGAUCUAUUUGUUCCAGGGGGUGUUCUGCGCCUACAAAUCUGCGCGCAGAAUCUGGUGACCAUCUGGGUCAUUUUUUGAUCUUACCUAAGAGGAGAAAAUUUAGUUUAGGCUUGUCCCAAAGGUCAGCAAGCCUGACUAGAUGGGGGUUGAUGGGCAGGCACAGUCUCUGAGCACACGGGACUUUUCCACAAGAUCCUUCCAGAACCGGCGAGGGCAGAGCCAAACUUCUGGCAAGAGUAAAGGCCCUUCUUGCAUUUCUGGAUACGAGGAAAUGGAGGUGUGCUGCCGGGACAGCAACAUAUCUCUCGUGUUCUGCAGUUAUAUAAUUGGGGAGCCUCAAGCAGUCCUGUUGCACUAACUAGUGUUCAAUCACCUUCCAAAUGAGACUUGUGGUCAGAUGUAUUUGCAAUAUUGAAGUACCCUCUAUUCAGCAGCUCUUGGUUCCUGGGAGAAAACUAAGUGUGACUUGGGGUGGGGCUCCUAAAGGAGUUUGGAGAACACAGCAACCCUGCUUUCUAUUGUGUACAAUAUAUUUUUUAUGGUUCAUGAAAGUGCUACUCAGCAUUCCAAGGUUUAAGCACUGCUGCUCACCUGGUUGCCUAUGGCAAAUAAGAAGAGGCUUCACCUAACCAGACUGUGUAGUGGGGGGGCCCUCCUUUUUUAGGCCAGAAAUGUGCCUCUUUGUACUUUGUCCUGAGUUUCUUUCUCUGUUGUGCCUCAUUUCCUUUACUUCCUCUUUUGUGUGGUUAAGACCUUUAGAGGUUUGGGCUGCAAUCCUAACCCCACUUACCUGGGAAUACUUCUACACAGACAUAGUUAGGUCUGCAUUGAGAGUAAGCAUGGCGUAUCUCUGUGCCAUACCCAGACAUGACGAGUGUUUCCAGCUACGAGUUCCAUGUGCCCAAUGCUGUGAUAGGCUACUGGAUGCGUGCUUUGAGUUCGUUGUCCUCCACCACAAUGGUAGUGGUUGUGGCUCUCUUAGCCAGGGCUGUGCCUUGGCUAUAAUGUGGUGGUUCUACCUGGCAGGCAUGUUUUCCGUACCCAGAAUUUAAGCAGCACAUGAGAUCAUGUUGAUUCUGGGAUAAUAGACAGCUUACAGACUCAAAACAGAUGUGGUCAUUUAAACUUUACUAAUCUGUGAUCUGUUCUCGUUCAGAUUUGAGUAUGAGCACAGUUAAAGAAGAAUCUGACACAGUGACAGUAGAAACCGUGAAUUCUGUGACUUUGACCCAAGACACUGAAGGAAACCUUAUUCUUCACUGCCCUCAGGAUGGUAUAGACAACUGUUAUUUGACUGUAUGCUUUCUCCAUAUUAUUUCAAAUUAUAAUUAACCAACAAACAAAGUAGGAUGGGAUCUGUUUAAUAUUAUUUCCUUUGGAUAUUUGUGUGCUGCAGUUAUCAUAGAAUCAUAGAAUCAUAGAGUUGGAAGAGACCACAAGGGCCAUCGAGUCCAACCCCCUGCCAAGCAGGAAACACCAACAGAGCACUCCUGACAUAUGGUUGUCAAGCCUCUGCUUAAAGACCUCCAAAGAAGGAGACUCCACCACAUUAAUGUAGAGCAGAUUUUCCUGUGGGAUCUUUGCUCUAGAACAGUGGUUUUCAAACUGCUGAGGAUCUUUAGGGUUCCCUGGAAGCUUUUCAGCAGCUUCUAGAUGCAAAGAUCAGCCAUGGUUCCCUUUAGGAAGCUGCCUUAUACCAGGUCAGACUGUUUCUUCGUCUAUCCAAGUUUUGGCUUCUCUGGCUGGCAGUGACUCCAGAGUCUGUGCAGAGAUCUUUUCCAUCACCUGGUCCUUUAAAGCUGUAGAUGUCAGGGAUUCGCAUUUGGACCAUGUGUGCUCCACUGAACUGCUGUCCUUCGUUCAGAGACAGCUUGCCCUCUGCUAAGAAAGCGCCCUUGCUUCUGGGUUUUGUAUGUUGUGUUCUCAGAAGGUGCAGAGCAAUGGCAAGACCCAACAUGCCUGGCACAUGACCCCCUCAAACUGGGGAUUUAUGCUAGAAGCGGUCUUGGAUUUUUUAGCUUAGAAGUUAGCAUACAAAGGGUUUCAUGAACAAAGUAUUGUAGGCCAAUAUUGUGGAAAUUACCCAAAUGUAUAUAGAUUUCUGCACAAAUCUGAUAAACUCUUUACUAUACAUUGGUACCUUGGUUCUCAAACUUAAUCCGUUCCAGAAGUCUGUUCCAAAACCAAAGUGUUCCAAAACCAAGGCUUGCUUUCCCAUAGAAAGUAAUGCAAAACGGAUGAAUCCAUUCCAGACUUAUAAAAACAACUAUAACAGCAAUUUAACAUGAAUUUUACUAUCUAAUGAGACCAUUGAUGCAUAAAAUGAAAGCAAUAAUCAAUGUAUUGUCCUAUAGAAGAAAUAAGUCAGUAUUGUAGAUGAUAAAAAUUUAAAAAAAUAAAUUUCUUGCCUGCACUGAUGAUAGUCAUUGCUUUUAUCCAUUUCCACAGUCACACAAUCAAUCAAUCAAUCAAUCAAUCAUAAAACAAAGAACAAGCCACAGUCACAAAAACACAAAAGCCACACAAAAACGCAAAAAAAAAAGCAAAAACAAAAGCACCAAAUAUAAGCUCCAAAUAUCACCUCAGAACACUGCAACAGGAAAUGGAAGGCUUUGAUUACAAUGGGGGGGGGGCAAAUUAGCAGCGCAACAGUGAAAACAGAAGCUCAGGAGCACAUUCAGCUUCCGAAGCAAAGUUCACAAACCGGAACACUGACUUUUGCAGCAUUCGAGUUCCAAGUUGUUCAGGAACUAAGCUGUUCGAAAACCGAGGUACCACUAUAUAGCAUGGCCUUUUCAACACAGCUUCCAUUUGGGUUUCUUUUAAAUAUCAGCUCAUUGUUUCACUUACUUAAUUUGCUUAGUGUGAUGUGUAACAUCCAUUGGAGUUCCACAAACCAGUACAUUGGGGAGUGAAGAGAAACUGUUCCUUAUUUCUUUAGAACAGCUAAGUGGUAUACCCUUUUCAUUCAGAGUUUAAAAUUUGUAAAUGAUUAUUUUAACGAUGUGUACAGUGUUGAUUAAAGUAUUGUCCACAGGAGUCUCAGCCACCUUGCUAUAUAGAACAGUGGUUCUCAUCUUUUUUGGGUAUGGUGACCCACUAGCUCAAAUUCAUUUGCUGUGGUGAUCCAUUCAUUUAUUGUCACAUGAAUUUUGGUCUUCCGUGUUUAGCAGCCAUUGGUUUUAUGCAUUUUAAUUGCAGGUUUGUGCCUGUUUUAGAAGCAUUGUUUGAGACAUCCAAGCAGACAUAUACUUGAUGCCUCUAUUAAUGUGGAAUUUAUUGAAAUGUUUAUAGUACUUACAAAGUUAUUUACAGUUGUGUUCAUAGAUAUGUAAGAAUACCAUCUAACAGCAGGAUACCUGCUUCAGAAGCUUUAAACAUUUAUUCUAAAAGCAUAGUUACUCAAGCGAUUAUAUAUAACAAACUAUGAAUAUUUUUCAAGCCACAGGUUGGGAAAUGCUGAUAUAGAAGGUAUCAUACUUGCAAAAAGCAUUUAAGCAGUGGGAAAGUGCUCAGCAAGCUUUCCUUUUAAGUUUCAUUCACAGCAUUUUUUCUGUGUGUAUGUUCAGAGGCAGAUGAAGUAGACUCCGAAGACAGUGUCGAACCUCCACAUAAAAGGCUUUGCUUAUCAUCUGAAGAUGACCAGAGUCUUGAUGACACGACUCCAUGCAUUUCUGUUGUUGCCGUUCCAAGUAAGUCGGUCACUGCUAAUGGAAGGCUGAAGGAAUGCAAUCCGGUGUCCAGUUCAGAAAAGGACUUGUAGGAAUAUGGGCCUUGCUUCUGCAGGUGAGGGGUGGUUUAGUUUCAGAUAGGGCAUUGAAGUGGCAAGAAGGCAAGAGGGUGAUGCCCAUGCGUGAUGACAAAUGGUCUGUGGUUGGACUUCUGUCUGUGAGCUGCACAAGGAUAUUAAAUGAGUCUCUUGUAGUUUGAGGAGCAGCUGGCAAGGAGGCAUGACCCCAGUGGGAGAUCAUUUAGGGAGGACGGACCUCACCCUGCAUGUAGGAGAGGGGAAAAUGAGACCCUCUGGUCUUGGUGGGAUAUUAGGAUCUUGCUACAUAAGACUAUUUUUAAAGCGGAACCAUGCUUACUUGGAAAUACAUCGCACAAUAUUCAGUGUGAGACUUACUCGCAGGAUUACAGCCUUAAUGUAUGCCAUAGGUUGCAACAGAGAUGCAGGUGCUGUGCUAAUUUUACAUUUUGCAUAUUCUUAAGUUUCAGAAAGUGACCAGAGCUUUGAGGUGACUAUGACAGCUACCACUGAGGUAGCUGACAAUGAGGUCAAUGAAGGGACUGUGACUCAGAUCCAGGUACUGCUUCUUUAUUUAGUUGCAGGUUUAUAAGCAGCCAGCUGCUACUAAAGUGGUGUGCAAUAAGAUAAAAUAUAAAAUGCCGCAUGGAACAGUUGCCCCUCUCCUUCCCCCAUGCACUGCUCUGGGGGCUCUUCGAUUUUAGGGGGCGAGCGGGGAAAGCCAUGCUGGGCCAGCAGAAGUCCCUGCACAGGGCUCCCGUGGGUGAAACACGUCAAGUGAAUCCCACCCUAAGACUUCAUGUUCCAUCUUCUUCCUCUCUAACCAGCGUGGCCUAAAUCUUGGGGAUGAUGAGAGUGGUUGGCCAACAAUAUCAGGAGGGCCGAGGGUUCCCCAUACAAGGCAGAAUAAAUGUAAUGCUUAAGGUGGCAUGUUUGAUUCAACAUAAUCCGUGGGGAUUUCAGUGUGAAAUAAUUCAGAAUGUAAGUGCUUGUGAGGUGGCUGCAUUAAUUCAUGAUUCUUAAGGACUUCAUGAGAGCAAAUGUCAAUUUGGAGAUCUCCUUUUUUUAUUUUACCUUUCCCAGAUUCUCCAGAAUGAACAACUGGAUGAAAUCUCUUCUCUAGGCAAUGAAGAAGUGUCGGCAGUUAGUCAGGCCUGGUUUACAACCAAAGAGGAUAAGGAUUCAUUAACAAACAAAGGUAAAUUCACAUUCUCCUGCUUAUCUCUAUGUCUGUUACGUUUUGAUGUGACAUCAAUUGACGUGUGCAUACCCAGAACAAACUUAGUUGGUCUCUAAGGUGCUACUGGACAAUUUUUUUAUUUAUUUCAAGUACUCUUGGGCAUCACAAACAUUUAUCAUAUACGGCAAAAACACAAGAAUUUUUGUAGGAUUGCUUUGAUACACAAUGGCCAUAUGCUUCGUUAUAAUCAUUCAGGGAAAACAUACUAAAUUUGAUUUUUAUUUGACUCGCGUAAGCAAAUGGAAUUUUAUACCUUCUGUUGCAUUGGUUUCAGCCUUUUUACUCCUUUGCUGCUGUUUGGCAACGUUGGAGGCUUCUUAUUUACAAGUAUUAGGCACAAUCCAUUGAUGUUAGAAGCUUCCAUUUUCUCUACAUAUAGGAUUUAUUUUUCUGAAGAUUUUUUGUGUGUAUGUGAUAAGCCUGUUGAUAAGUGUUUGUUGGAAUCAGGACUACAGAUGUAAUGCUGUUCCACAUGGCACCUGCUUGGAGAAUGAUGGGGGAGGUUAUGCUGUUUAAUUUAUUGCCCUGUUUAGCAUUUUUUUCCUUUGGCUAGUAAUGGAAAUUUGCUUCCUGAUUUCUUCACUGGCUUACCUAGCUGUUCUUCCUAAUGCUGAGUACUUCCAGUGAUGUGCAAUUUGCGUGAUAGUGUCUUCUCCAUUUUCUAAGGUCAUAAAUGGAAGCAGGGAAUGUGGUCGAAAGAAGAAAUAGACAUUCUGAUGAGCAACAUAGAACGCUAUUUAAAGGUUUGUUGCAUUCAAUUAACCUACUGGUUUCAGUAGCCGAACGGGGAAAGUGCCUUUCACUUGCGCAGGAUCUUGAUACAAGCUAUUAAUGUUAAUACAGUGGUGCCUCGCAAGACGAAAUUAAUUCGUUCCGCAAGUUUUUUCUUCUUGCGAGUUUUUCGUCUUGCGAUGCACGGUUUCCCAUAGGAAUGCAUUGAAAAUCAAUUAAUGCGUUCCUAGGGAAACCGACUUCAGACCAGGUCCGGGGACCGUCUGUCCCCGCACCUCUUCUUAAGGCUGGGGGGGACAAGGGCUUUUCUUCCCACCCACCCCAGCAUUUUAAAAACCCGGGACAGCGGAGGGCUUCUCCGCUGUCCGGGGCGAUCUUAAAAUGCUGGCGGGCGGCAUUUAAAAUUGCCCUGGGACAGCGGAGGACUUCUCCGCUGUCCGGGGCAAUUUAAAGCCCCUGGGAAGGCAGGCAGGGGGACAAAGACUUUUGCCCCCGCCAGCCUUCAGAAGAGGUCCUGGACCUCUUCUGAAGGUUGGCGGGGGCGAAAGUCUUGUCCCCCCACCUGCCUUCAAAAGCUGUCCAGCCAAGGCCUGCGGACCUCUCCGCACGCAGCGGCAGCGCUGCCGCUGCUUGCGGAGAGUUGCCGGCAUGCCGAAGCCUGCGCGCGCUGAGAUCAGCGCGCCCAGGCUUCGCGGACCUCUCCGCGAGCAGCGGCAGCGCUGCCGCUGCUUGCGGAGAGUUGCCGGCAUGCCGGAGCCUGCGCGCGCUGAGAUCAGCGCGCCCAGGCUUCGCGGACCUCUCCGCGAGCAGCGGCAGCGCUGCCGCUGCUUGCGGAGAGUUGCCGGCAUGCCGAAGCCUGCGCGCGCUGAGAUCAGCGCACCCAGGCUUCGCGGACCUCUCCGCGAGCAGCGGCAGCGCGGCCGCUGCUUGCGGAGAGUUGCCGGCAUGCCGAAGCCUGCGCGCGCUGAGAUCAGCGCGCCCAGGCUUCGCGGACCUCUCCUGCCUUCAAAAGCCGUCCGGGAUAGCGGGAAGCGCUUCCCUGCUAUCCCGGACUGCUUUUAAAAUGCUGGCGGUGGGGGGCGAAGCCGUUCGGGCCCCGCCAGCCUUCCUGGACCUCUUCUGAAGGCCGGAGGGGGGAAGGCUUUGCUCCCCACCGCUAGCAUUUAAAAGAGGUCCUCGGAGAUUUCCCUAUGGGCUUUCGUCUUGCGAAGCAAGCCCAUAGGAAAUUGCUUUAGUGAAGCGCCUCCAAAACGGAAAACCCUUUCGUCUAGCGGGUUUUCCGUCUUGCGAGGCGUUCGUCUUGCGGGGCACCACUGUAUUUUAACAGCAUCCUCAAACAGCCUUUGAAUAAUUUCAGUCCUUUGAAAGUACACGUUAGGGAGAAAUGUACAAUUAUUUUGAUAGACAAUAUUUUUAGUAGGCCUACUAUGCCUCAGAAUUUAAGCUUUUCAAAAAGGCUUUUUAAAGCUUUACCAUAACAUUGUAAUAAAUUGCUGGUCAUCGUCAGCCAUAGGAGAAGAAGGAACAUGUGGAGGGAGAAUUACAAGCAGCCUCUACUCUCUAAGCAGCCUUAGUUCUCUUCCAAGCAACUUUUUUAAUUCCUCCGUUGUUUCAUUUUCUUAUUACUUUCUGCAGUGUUGUCACAGAGAUCCAAACAGCAGUCUUGUUCUAUUCUAAUCUGCCACAAUUUAUAGAAUGCAGCCAAUUUUCUUUGUGUCACUUUAUCAGUAUUUGCAAUCUCACCAUGAUAAGAUGUUUUGUCUACCCAAGAACCAUCAUGCCUUGAGGAAUGGGAAGGUGUAGCUUUCAAAAAACAUUUUGGUACCUUGUUGCUCUUUGCUUUUUUACCAUUUUUAACUUAGGCUUGUUUUAAAGUUUUUAUGUAAACCACUUUUGUGAGGUUCAUUUGACAAGCAGUAUAUAAGUAUCUUAAAUAAAUAAAUGGGUGACUGUAGAGUCCUCUGUUUGUUCAAGGGGUUGUUGGUUUUAAUAAACCAGUGGAUCCUAAGAUAGGAUAUUGUAAUAUUCCAAGCCUUGCAUCCAGGGAUAGUCAUUGCAAACAACUUCCCUUACUUGCUGUUUUCUUAGUUUGUUUAACGCCCAGUUUAGACAGACUUCUUUUUUAGGCUUUCACCAGUUUGCACCUUAAAGCAAGCCAUGGUUAAUAACUGUAAACAAGUGUUCUCCUUGUUCAUGUUAAGCCAUUAACUGUGGUUUAUCAUGAUUUGCAAACUGGUCUGAUAUAUUUAACUUUGCUUAUCUCAGGUACUGAAAAAAUAAUAUUAGUUAUAUGAGCAUCUUUGUAAAUGGGCAUUUAGAACCUUAAACGACCAUAUAUAUGCAAGUUAACAAAAACCAACAUGAAGCACAGGUACCUGUCCGUUUGUUUAUAAACCGUAAAGAGAACAAGUCCAGUCACUUGGGAUCUCCUGCAUCACUUUUUUUUUUAAAGUUCAUGUCUUCCCAAAUUUGAUUUCAAUUUAAAUGCAUUGUAACUUGUUUUCCAAAUUUUGAAUAGAAACUGGGCAUUUAUAGUCAUAUUUAAUUUUUUUGAAUAGCUAAUGAUAAAAAGUCAUUUGGUCACAUUUUCAACAUUCAGCACAUAGUUUUGCAGAGCUUGUUAAUAAAGUAUCAGGCUUGAUCUAUUGUAAGAUGUUGGGAAACUUAAAUUUGUCGUCCAAAUCUUGAUGUGACUAGGCACGUGGAAUAAAAGAUGCCACUGAAAUCAUCUUUGAGAUGUCAAAGGAUGAAAGGAAAGAUUUCUACAGGACCAUUGCAUGGGGUCUGAACCGACCUCUCUUUGCUGUUUAUAGACGAGUACUUCGCAUGUAUGAUGAUCGAAACCACGUUGGCAAGUAUGAAACCUCCUAACAUUUGACCAAACGGUAUGAGAAGGGUUAAGAAUGGCCUGGGGGCCCUUUUAAGUCCUAGCACCAUGUUAUGUAGGGCCAGAAGAAUCAAGGUGGGGGAAAACAAUGUUGAGCCAUGAGGCCUUGGAGGAGUACAUUUCUCCAAAUUAAGCACUUGCUUAAUGUUCACCAUUAGUAAGUUGACAGUCUCAUAUGAUACUUGAACUCUACUUGUGGCAGAGCCAUGGGAAUGAGUCAUACAGCAUUGCCAUUGCUGCAGCAAUAAAACUGCUAGUAUAUUUGCAAAGCUGAGCCGGGUCCGUCAUGGUUUCAAAUUGGGUGGGGGAGCAUGUGUUGAGAUUGCUGCAUUGCAGGGGGUUGGACUAGAUGACCAUUGGGGUCCCUUCCAACUCUACAAGUCUAUGUGACUAUAGUUUUGAAUAAUACAUUGGCAAGAUUAAUGACCAUUUGGUAUGUCUGCUCAUUAUGGGUAGGGAACCCUACAGAACUUAAGAACCUUGUCAAAGACUAUAACGAUUGUUUUCUCUUCUGUGCCUUAACAUCAGGUUAGUGUUGGUAACAAUCCAGUAUGGCAUAUUGCACUUUGAAAUUCUACUUUAUUCUGAAAGUUGCAAUUAUAUUUGCCUUUGUGAAUAACGUUACAUAUUAUGUGCUGUGCUGAGUCCUAAUGAGGGGAAUUCAAGAAAUUGAAAGAAAUUCUAUGUGUGUCUGUUAAUUAAAUGUGCUGUUUGUAUAUUUCACAGGUACACUCCUGAUGAAAUUGAAAAGCUCAAGGAGUAAGUUUUAUUUUGCAUUAAUCAGUGUUUUGUGAACAGUUUGGAAGAACCUUCAGUACUCGUUCCCCAAAGUUGUGUGCAGUUGGCAGCCAAAGGCCCAUGAAUUUACUCAGGCCCCUUAGGUUGCCAAUUGCCAAGCACCAGCUUCUUUUAAGAGGAGCCACAGUGUAGUUUGCGGAAGGGGAAGACACAGGCAAGGAAUAACAGGACUGGGCAUGUAAAGUGAGCAUUCCCAAGUCCUUUUUGCAAUUGCAUUAAGCUUUCAGGGCAGGCUCUCUUUUUUGUGUGGAGCAAAUAACUAAGCUGCAAGUGCUUCAUUGAUCUCUUGCACAGCUUUUGGCGCUCUCUGCAAUUUCACACUACAUCUCCAGUGUCUCUUUCUCUCCCCAUUCCUUGUUAGUAGCAGUGGCCUAAGAAUGACAUAGACUAGUGCUUAAGGACAUGUGAACACCUUCCUGUGUAAUCGAGGCCCCAUGAUAUCCGAUAAGAACCCUAACAUCCUUUGAAAUUGGUACCUAUUAUCCUUGGCUGCAUUACCAGAUGCAAUGGUCUUUAUUCAAAAUAUAAUGGGGGGGAAGCCCUUCGACGCUACAGAUUCCAAAGCAGUAGUCAAAGGACAUGACUCAUUUCAAAAUGAAAUGCAGCAAUGCACUCAAUUGUGAAAUACAGUAAUACAGAACUAAGGGUAAGAUUCUGUAUGCUCACAUGCAAUAAAUACAGUGAUGGUUGGCUGAAAAUAUGUUCAACUUCCCUUCUCCAAAAAAGGAGUUUAAUGCAAGCUUUGGGUUCUAGACCUCACAGGGUGCCCUGUGAGGCUUCAGAGUAAACUCACUGUGGAGUGCAGGGAUUCACAUGUCCUUAAGCACUAUUCUGUGUUGUUCUUCGGCUACUGUGAGUGCAGCAUUUCAGGGAAAUUGGUUUUAGAAUGAUUUGAUGUCUGUAUGUGUUGUCAGAGAACAGAAUUCCAAAACAGGUUAAAGAUAAAAUAUGAAGUAAUCAGUUAUUUGAUCAUUACAGACAGUUUGAGAUGUAGAGGUGGUUGUUUAAAUGGGAUUGCUAAAUAGGCCCCCUAUACCCAGCCAUUCCUUGAGGGGUGAUCUGGCUAUGUUUAUGUAUUAAUUUGAUCUACAGAUUUGUGCUUGUUUUAAGAAUGUGAUUUUAUUUUUUAUUUUGUGCUGUUCAAUCAGCAUACUCAUCAAAAACCCAGAACUGAACAAACCAUUAGCCAGAAUAAGCCCCCAUCUGGAAAUGCCCUGAUUCUUAAUUAUUUUAAGUGGGUUAUAUUCGUAUAUAGUUGGGACCCCCACCCCCUGGGCUCCUAUAGAGGAUGGGCAGGAUGUAAACCAAUAAAUAUAUACAAUUGAAAUGCUUUGCACACCAUGCUGAAUACACUUUUUCCGUUUAGGCUACGGAUAAAGCACGGCAAUGACUGGGCGACUAUUGGAGCUGCCCUCGGAAGAAGUGCUUCUUCAGUAAAAGACCGAUGCAGGCUGAUGAAGGACACCUGCAAUACAGGUACAAGUAUUACAACAAUUGGCAUUCCCAGUGGAUGCACAAUUGACCUGCAGAAAGUGUAUCUCAUAAUCUUCAAGACUGUACAUCUCAGGAUUGCUUUAGAAAUUUGUUCUGUCAUUACUAAAUAGCUAAAUAAUUGAUUCAAACUAUUGGAGGGACAGGGAGAGGAAAUUGUUUAUUCAAUUUGUAUCCUGUCCUUGCUCCCUGAAGAAGGGAAAGAUGUGCCUGUUUCAGGGACUCUGGGCAGCAGCAUCUAGUGCAUAUUCUUCCCCAAGUCCACCAACGUUUGUGUGGGAAUCACCCAUAUCCCGUGAGCUUCCUCUGUGGUUUGAAACACCCUUGGCGGUGAUGGCUCUGGCCCUAACUCAGAGACAAGCAGCACAUAUAAUUUAGGACGUUACACUUUUCAAUGGACAUAUAUUGGUUCUUGUACUAAACUUCUUCUGUCCCUUUACUGCCCAUUCUUAAAAUGUUGAAAGAAUCUUUUGCAUGUUUGCAAAUGCUACAACAAAUAUAUCUCUAUAGAAGGUUGGCUAAAUUGUAGAUGUGAUACAGGGAGCCUCCAGUCCAUUGCCAGGCUUCUAAAAGCACAUUUCUCUCGAAUAGGCCAUGGGAGAGGUCAGAGCAGUUUAAGAAUCUGAAGGUGUAGAGGGAUUGCUAGAGUCAAACAGACAUAGGAAAUUAAAUAAGAAAAUAAGGGCCCAAGCCAGUGUGGUGGUGUGGUUAGAGUGCAGGAUUAGGGUCUGGGAGAAGCUUGUUCAGAUCCGCAUGGAGCUGUAAAGCUCACUGGGUAACCUUGGGAUAGUGACUGUUUCUCAGCCUAAUGUGCAUCACAGGAUGGUUGUAAGGAUAAAAUGGGGAGAGUCGUCUGCAUGCCACUUUGAGCUUGGAGGAUAGGCCGUAUAUACAUCUAAUUUUUUAUUUUUAAGGGAAACUGUGCUUUUCAUUGCCAUGUAUUGUUCCCUACUUUUUUCCCCCUUCAGGGAAGUGGACAGAAGAAGAAGAAAAGAGACUGGCAGAAGUGGUACAUGAAUUAACCAGCACAGAGCCUGGGGACAUUGUCACGCAAGGAGUGUCUUGGGCUGCUGUGGCAGAGCGAGUCGGGACGCGGUCUGAGAAGCAGUGCCGUUCCAAAUGGCUCAACUACCUAAACUGGAAACAAAGUGGAGGCACCGAGUGGACUAAAGAAGACGAAAUAAACCUAAUCCUGAGGUUGUGCCAUUUUCUUGGAAAGCACAUCCAGGGAUGGGGCAGCAGGGCUGGGGGGAAUUUAAAAAGACAAAAUCAACAUCUCUGUCACUUUGAUUUAGUACCUUAGGCAACUCUUUAACAAUGGCCGCUGCAUUCCUUGUUCCCAGAUACUUUAAUCUUCUUGCUAUGAAAGUAUAAAGAUUGAAAUCAUAGAAUCAUAGAGUUGGAAGGGGCACCAAGGGUCAUCUAGUCCAACCCCCUGCAGUGCAGGAAUCUCAGCAAGAGCAUCCAUGACAGAUGGUCGCCCAGUCUCUGCUUUAAAUCCUCCAAGGUUUUUCUGCUUCACCACACUGGGCAGUUACACUGCAGGCAGCUCACAAUGUAAGCUUUGAGAGGAGAAGAGAUAAAUCCUUGGACACUAAGGCUGCCUAUAGUUACUAGUCAUGAUGGUUAUAUGCUGCUACCUUCAGACUCAGAGGUAGCCUGCCCCUGAAUACUAGAUGCAGGAGAUCAAAUCUGUGUGUGAGAGAGAGAGUGAGUGAGUGAGAGAGAGAGUUAUUACCCUCAGACUCUGCUUGUGGACUUCCGAGACGUCUGGUUUGCCACUGCAGGACGGAAUGCUGGAGAGGCUCUUGUCUGGGUUUAAGCCAUUCACUCCCUCAGCCUUUUUAGGCUUUCGGCCUCCAGUGACACUGCCCAAAAGGAGGUACGGUGGCAGCUUCUGUGAUGUUGACCACAGUCCACCAGGAAUCACUCUUGAGACCACGUGCCAUUUGUUGCUGUGCAGUCUUACUAAAUCUGAUUAAAGCAGGAGCUACAUAACAUUCCCUCUGCGCUGGAAGCUGUCUUCUCUAACACACAUUUCUUUCCCAUGUAAUCCUGUCAGAAUAGCAGAGCUAGAAGUAUCUGAUGAAAAUGAUAUCAACUGGGAUCUGCUGGCCGAAGGAUGGAGCAGUGUGCGCUCACCCCAGUGGCUUCGUAGUAAAUGGUGGACGAUCAAAAGGCAGAUCGCAAACCACAAAGAGGUUUCGUUUCCUGGUAAAGUGUUAAAGGGUUACCUUACCUGCUUGCUGUUUGUUUGCUGGGAGGGUGGAAGAGAGUAGGAAAUAACAGCGUUUUCAUAGCCCUUAAGAGUGCUCCACCUGAUUUCCAUAUCUUGUAAUCCUUUCCACAGUCUUUUGAGGUAGUUCAUUAUUCUUCCCAAAUUUUCAGAUUGGAGGCUACAUUUAUCUUAGAGUUCAUUACAAAGGUGAGAUUCAAACCUUCAGCUUUUGUAGAGGUUCUUCCUCUAGGAUUGCUGCUACUAAUAGAUGUAGCUUUCCCGAAAGAGGAGGGAGAAGACUUCAUGCAGGAAACAGUAACAACAGAAGAUACUGGAGAAGCGUGUUGAGGACUAGACAGAUAGGAGCUUUGAAUAACCUAUGCAGUCGUCCUAAGGCUGUUUUGUGCAGUUAUCUCCCCAGCCAUCCUUGUUUUCUAAGAUAAGGUAUUAAUAUUUUUUUAUUAAUUCCUGUGUUGACUCAUUUGGUUUUUUUAUUGCCUUUCUCCAGUUUCAGUGGUCCUGACAUGGGUUACAAAAUGCAACUAAAAACUUUGAAAAAGCAAAGGCAUAAAGUGAAAUCUUUAUUUUAGGCUGGCUCUUGACAUCUAGGACUGAGAUUGUAGUGUUUUGAGGUUUUUGUGUUAAACUUCUCCAUAUUUAAAUGAAUAUUGCAUGUAUACAUUUUCAUAAAGUUUGUUUCCUUAAAAAUAGCACAUGAACACACACUCAUGCAUACAUGCAAAGUAAUUAGAAUAAGGCAAAUAACAAAUUUAAAUACAUAAAUAGCUAUUGAGGGACAUCUAACUUUCAGUGGGUGUACUUGUGAGUAUGACAAAUGUUGGACCCCACCAUAGCGGGGUGGUGACUCUCUUGUCUCUCAGGUUGUCAAAAGAAGUCUGCCACUCCCCAGUGCCAUAGCUUGGUGGGGGUUAGCCAGGACUAUGCCUCUGGGGUGGGGGGUGCCUUUGAGGCUCCUAGCCUACCUGCCAUUGUACUGCCUGGGCUUCAGACAGAGUGGCUCUGCUCUGUGGGUGAGUGACUGAGUGGGCAUGAAGAGGAGAAAGAGAAAGAAGAGAAUGGAGUUGGCUUGCAUGCCCAGCCCUGCCCGUUCCUAAAAGUGAGCGACCCUCCUCCUUCCCCUUUCCCCAGUAAAGCCAAAGAUGGGAUCCCCGUCUAGUUUUGCAGCGGCGAGAGUCUUCUGAAGCAAGGUUCCCCAUCUUAUUUGCAAACAGUUCAGGAACAGGAUGUGGGCAGACUGAUAGAUGUGCUUGCUUCUGACAUUAGGAAGACUAGGUCUUUUUCAUUUUGAUUUGCCUGAUGCACGAAGCUCUUUACUCAAGAGGUUUUUUUGGAGGGGAAUAAGUUUUAAUAAAGUUCUCCUGUGGUUUGAACUCUUGUCAUACACACAGCUUUAUUCCAAACACUUCUCUCUGUCUUUUGCGUCUAGUAACAUUCUGAGUGACCCUUUUGUUUCCCCAUUUCAGUUCUUAUAAAAGGUCUGAAACAGCUUCACGAAAGCCAGACGAACGCUGCAGGGCACCAGCUUUCAGAGACGAAACCUGUACCUGGGUUGCCAAAUGCUCAUUCCGGUUCUGGGGUUCAGCAUGUGCAGAUUCGAGUGUCUCGCUUGGAUGAGAAUUCAGGCAAUUCUCCAAGCCCCAUGGCAGCUUUGCAGAUUCCAGUUCAGAUUACCCAUGUCUGUAAGUACCUCUGAUCCCUCACUUGUUCCUCCUCCCUCUGAUCAUUGCCCUUCCUCAAAUCAAGGGGUUUCCUGAUUUUCAGAGAGAAGAGGAUCUCUCUUUGGUCUGGCAGGAAGUUGGCCUGUAGGCUACCCCAUACAUAACAUGCAUAUGCAGCAAAGACAGAACACAGUAUGUACAUCAUGGUUUAUGCACCAUCGCCAUUCACGUGGCACAAGCAGUGAAUAUGGGUAACCAUAACUAUAGCCAUAAGAAUGUGAAAAGUUGGGCAGGCUUCUUGCGUUCAGGGAGGAAAAGGAAAUGGCCUUUGGUUUGCUGUGGUUAGUGCUGCCCUCUGUCUGCUCCUGGUAAGGAAGGCAGUAGAUUUCAUGGCUAUGUUAUGCCACGCUGGUAGCUUCUAAGACGGUGGGGGUUGCUAGUGGGGGUUUUGUUCCCAACCCAACCCACCCUUUGGGAUAAAGUUGCAUGUGAUUCUAAGAGUGAUACGGGAAGAAGGCAAAGGAGGGCAGCAAAUGCAGCACUGCCAGUGAUUUUAUUUAUUUAUUAAAUGGGGGGGGGGAUAUCCUGCCCUCUCAGUAUUGCUUUCCAGGCAGCUAAUGUAAAAAGUGAACAUGCAGAAAGUACUAAAGCACCUGAUUGUUUUAUAGCUGCUGCACAGCACAUUAUAUUGGAUAUAAUCUAUUUAAGCACUGAAGAUUUCAUCCAGUAGAGGACAGUGCAUGCAGCCAGCACCUUUGGAAGAAUGCAGAAAAUUGAGGUUGAAGGCCAGCUACUUCACCCGCAUUCCUGUAGGCUGAACAAAGGCAGACUGUUGCUGCUGCUCACAAAAUAGCCUGAAGACGCCGGAGUGAUUUCCUCUACUGAAACUAAGCAGAUCUGGCCUUGUCUCUGAACCAUACAUAAGCUGCUCAGAGCAGUGUGGAGGAAGAGAAUCAUAAACAAGGAAGGCACCCUUUUUCCACACAGUUCAUGCCCCUGCUUUUUUCCGCGGCAAUGAGAUUUUAUAUCUGUAUUUCUUAGUAUGUUAUUCGUGUGUAAGUAGUGAUACCUCCUCUCCGUGUUGAGCAGCAGACCAAAACCAUUCAGGAGUUGGGUGCCUCUUUGGGCCACUCCAGAUGACCCCACAGUGAGAGGGAGCCGUGAGUUGUUCACACACAGCUGCUCACAUGGAUUUGGUGACACCUACCAUGAGAGCCUGCCGGGGGCAGGUGUUUGUGCUGGAAAUGCUUGUUUUAAGUUUUAAUUAAUCUCUGUGUAGUUAUCAUAUGUAUUUUUAUCAACUGUUUUCCCAAUGUGAUUAGUAGUAAAAAAAAAUAGUGUUUCCCAGCUGAAGGAUCACAAACAAACUGUUAAGAUGCCCACUAGCUGCUUCAUUGUCCUGGCAGUCCACUGUAGCCUUUGUCUUUCAAUACUAAAUUAUGUGAUUGUCUAUCAGUUAAAUACACCUAGGGUGCGCGCGCUCUCUCUCUAUAUAUAUAUUAUUCAUUCAUUCAUUUAUAAAUAAAUAAAUAAAUAAUAAAAAGGGUAUGUUUCUCCCUCUUACUCCCAUAGCUUCUGCAGAUUCCCCUGCUGCUUCUGUUGACUCUGAGACGAUAACUCUAAAUAGUGGGACACUGCAGACCUUUGAGAUCCUGCCAGUAAGUUCUACAGAUUCCACACCUACCUGGUUUGAUGUUUUGUGUUUUUCAGACUAAAGUUUGAGGAAAGGAGCAUCUCAAUGGUGUCCUUAUGGCAACAUAAAGUAUUAUAAAAUGUGUGAGGUUCAGUUAGCAGGAUAUUACAGCAUAAAAUAACUGGAAGCUUUAAAAUCAUGCAAAACAACUUACUUUAUGGUGUCACAUUAUCUGCAUGCACCAGGGAUGGGUAACUGGAUCCAACCAGCCCUCCACUGGCCACUUUGGGCAGGCAAGUCAAACUUCAGAGAAAGAAUCAGGAGCACUCUGAAAAGUAGGAUUACCAUCCCUAUGGCUGGACGACUGGCCAGUCUCUUAUGGAGCACCUGGUUUCUGCAGGGCUAUUGGGAUUCUCAUGGGAGAGUGUUGGAUCACUCUGGAGUUUGGUCUGGUCCAGAAAGGUGCUUCUUAUGUUCUCAGUGCUUGGAAUCAUGAAACAAAAGAUGUCUUAAUGUUAUGACUUAACAUUAAAGGUAAAGGUACCCCUGCCCGUACGGGCCAGUCUUGACAGACUCUAGGGUUGUGCGCUCAUCUCACUCUAGAGGCCGGGAGCCAGCGCUGUCUGCAGACACUUCCGGGUCACGUGGCCAGCGUGACAAGCUGCAUCUGGCGAGCCAGCGCAGCACACGGAAACGCCGUUUACCUUCCCGCUGGCAAGCGGUCCCUGUUUAUCUACUUGCACCCAGGGGUGCUUUCGAACUGCUAGGUUGGCAGGCGCUGGGACCGAACGACGGGAGCGCACCCCGCCGCGGGGAUUCGAACCGCCGACCAUGUGAUCGGCAAGUCCUAGGCGCUGAGGUUUUACCCACAGCGCCACCCGCGUCCCCUGACUUAACAUUAAGAGGUCCUAAUUAUGCACAUCUUUCUUUUCGAAAUGUAAAAUGUAUUAGUAGACCACUAAGAUAUUAGUUGUUGUUGUUUUAAAGGCCAUACAAACCUGAAGUCCACCUGUCCCUGUGUAAGAAAAAUGAUGGUGCUCCCUCUUCUCCUCCUUUAAGAGAAUGUAUCUUAUGCAGGAGUCUCAACCCCAGCUGUCUGACAAGAUAAUUCAAUAGGAAAUGGGCAUCCUUCAUACCUCUUAUCCCAGCUAGCUGGGUUAACUGGUAGAUGCCAAUGGUCAAAUUCCAGGCAGCCUGGCACAUUUCAAAGCAAGGAGGGCCUUGCCUUUCUAUGCAGUGGAUGGAACACUUCCAUUUCAGAGCCAUGUAGUCUAUUGAAGAGGGUUGGACUGGAACUCGGGAGACCAGGUUGGAAUUCCUCCCUGACCAUGAAGUCACUGGGUGCCCCAGGGAUAGUCCCUGAACCAAGCCUAUCUCACAGGAUGGCUCUGAGGAUAACAUGGGUGACCGCAGGCACUGCCUUGUUCUCCAGGAUAUGGACAUUCUCCUUGUGGGGAGAAAGGAAGGACAUGGGGGGGGCAGUUGUCCUACAUUUCUAGGGUUAUUUCAGUUAUGCUGCAUUUAGGAACACAGUUUAUGUUUUGAGUCUGACUUCCUCAGAGUCAAUGUCCUUCAUGAGUCAGUUGCAGAACACCCUCCCAUUGAUCUUCUUCCUUCUUCUCUUGAGUCUUUCCAUCUGCAGCCCACGGGGACUCCAGGCACGUACUUACUCCAGACAAGCUCCUCCCAAGGCUUGCCUUUGACACUGACCACCAGCCCAACAGUGACCCUCACAGCUGCCACGGCACCAGCCUCACCAGACCAGAUCAUCGUCCACGCCUUAUCUGUAGGUGUCUCGAAGGAGAAACUGGAGCAAUAAAGGGCGGGGGGGGGCUUGGAUUUGCUGCUAGUCAGCUGGAGCAGCUGUGCUGCAUCAAACAAAACACCAGUGCAGAACAGUUUUGACUUGAAUGUAUUUUCUCCAGUGAAAAUCCUCUGCAGUGUUAGUUGUGCUAGUUGUGACAAGGGACAAUGAUUUAUGGGAAGUCCAAUCUUAAAAUGGUGCCCAUCAUACCUUGGGGUUCAGCUUGAUGGGCUGUGGGAGGGGCAUUGUGCACACAGGUUGCAUUCAGCAGCGUCAGAGAGAGUUGUGGCUGAACGGACAGAGCCUCAGACCGACUCUUGGGGUGAGCUCUACAGCCUUUGGAGCAGCGAUGGCCCCUCAGUAUCUCUCAGGUGUCCCACCCAAACCGAUGCCAGCGUGCCACUCCUGAGGUGCCUGGUUGAUCCCAACCCUUCUCAUCUAUUUCUGAAGCUUUUCCUCUGACAGACCAGUCUCUCCCAAGGAAGUCAGGGCUGUGCCUUCCCCACCCUUCAUGAUCACAAUAAAUGCACAGUAGUAGGUGCUCAUCUCUCAAAUUUUGUUUAUUGGUUUCUGGCGUUACUUCUCACUAUUUUGUAAAAUAUAAUGAUCAAGGGGGGUGAGAAAAAUCAAUCAAUAUACAUUGAAAUAAUAAGAUUGGAACAUUACUAAAUUCGUGUUUUUAAAGCCCCAAAUAUGAACGUUUGUGAUAAGGCAGGUUUAUAAGAGCAUAACAUAGAAGCCUUUGAACCGCCUGCUGGUUCCAGCUAGUAGCUCCUCUCAUCCCACAUCCUGCUCUCACAGUGGCCACCCAAGAUAAAGAGACUAGAAAGGGCUUUGGUCUCAUUCAGCAAGGUUCUUCUUGGGUUUAAAAAGCUUAUAAUUGGGAGAGGGGAGGGAGUUACAAGGCCCAGAGCCAAAAGGCUGGAGCACAUUGUAAAACUCCCACUGUUAGUGCAAUUUGGCUAAUAGAAAAAAUGUAAUGUAAAGCUUAUUUGUUGAGUAUUUGAACAUACUUUUUCAGGAAAAUAGAGAAGAUGUUUUUUAUGUGAUUUAGCAAAUAGUGAAGAAUGGGUAAUUUUGUGUGCAAUGUUACAAUGUAUGUAUAGAAUAAUUUAAAAUAAAAUGCAUAGUUGGUCCCCUUUCACCAUUGCUGAAGGGGCAUAAUGAAGUCAGUCACAACACUAUGUGGCACUUAUCAAUUUUGUGGCCAUUUCUCACAGCCAGAACACUUGCUGAACACCGGUGACAAUGUCACGGUACAGUGCCAUGCACCAAGUGUCAUAAUCCGCACUGUUGCAGCAGAAGAGAUUUCUCCCUCCGUAACCCAGGCAGAACUUGCUGUUGAUUCAGACAUUCAGCCAGUUAAUCUGGUGGACCCUCCAACGGCUCUGGAAGCAGACGCCUUUCCAGAGGACAUCCAUCAACCCAAGCUGGCUGUGGAAGAGCAGUCUGCAUAUAGCGAAGACGACGCCUCCAAAUUUGGUGGCAGGAGUAGCAGUGAACUCAUUGACAGGGUCAUGGCGAGAGCCGGAGGAGAGAUUUUGCCCACGGAUAUCAAGUGUGAAGAGGAUUGUCGGUCUGACUUAGCUGGCACCUACGUUUCUGAGGUAAGGAAAGCAGUACUUAGCAGCAUGAGGAUUUGGCACAUGGCUGGAUCUGUAGCAGUUGUUUUUGAGGCUCAGCAAGUGCAACUUCAUGCAAUUCAUCUUUGAUAUUUUAACCAUGUUAAACAAACCUGCUUUGUGCUGGUACACUCAUCUGAGAACUGACUGCAGCUUCCCGUGGAAUGCGCACUCCAUGGAAAACACCCAAGUUUGCAAAUUGAGUUUGCGUGAAAGGGCCGCAAGAAACAUUCAGAAUUGCUUUUGGCCAAUUUGUACAAGUUGCUUAUGCCUUUCUCCGAGGGGAGAUCACCUUAAGGUGGUGCAUUCUUGGCUCCGGUGUGCCCUUUGGUGUUCCUCAUUGCUUCAGACAAAAGUGAGAGAAGUGCCAAACGUUCAGUGAUGAGAACAUGUGUGAGAAUGGUCAUGAACACACAUGAUCCUGGUUCAAGUACAUAUGUGUAGGGAGCAGGGAAUGAAAUGUCAGCACCUCUGAGCAACUUGAGAAGUGGGAUAAUAUAACUCUAGAAUAUGCUCUGUUCAGCCCUGCAUCUGAGGUUAAAACGUCAUCAAGUAGCAACAUGGAGUGAGAUGCCUGCCUGGGGAAUAUUGCUGGUUGAACUGGAAUUGUGGUUUACAUGGACCGAUGGUCCAACUUCGUGUAAGGCAGCUCUUCAAUGAAUCCAUUUCCUAACACUUGCUGGCGGUUAAAAGAAACCAGCAAUUCUCCUGGUGGCUUGUGGCUGUUAAAACACUCAGAAGUAAACUAAACAAACCUGCCCUUGAAAGCUCUCUUUUCACUGGGGAAAUGGCAUUGGAGUGGGGAGAACAGGUCUCCUGUCCUCCACUGCCACUGUCCCAAUCCCCCUCUCUCCCCCCUCCCCACCAACCCCUUUGCUUUCAGCUUCCAUCUGCUUUAGUUUAGCUCUUACACCAAUUUAAAAAUGCAUUGCAGAUCAUUGUGAGAUAGGUGAUGGAUGCACUGGGAGGUCUUCAGUCUACUUUGUAAGUCAGUCCUCAGUCAUCCUUCAAAUAAAUCUAGUAAUUGCUCUGCCACAGUUCACAACUAAGAGACAAAGCAUUUUGAUGUUAAAAAAUUGCCAUCCUCCACCCACAAUGGUUCAUUCAAAGCAAGCAAUUUUGCACAGCACUUCAUUUAUUUGCUAUUGUGGACUUUUAAAAAAAAAAAUGCAUGUUUCUGUUCUGUAAACACUAGUUGAAAAAUGCUGGUUUUCACACAGGAUCUCAGUUCUCCAACGACAGAAGAACAAGUUGAGGCGUCUCCCAUGGAUGACACCGUCCUCAUUGUACCUUCGCCUCAUGGCUUUAUCCAGACAUCAGAUGACAUAGACAGCGAAUCCGUUUUGCCCCUAACAACACUAACAGGUAACUUGUGAGGUUGACACAGCAGCCUAUUUUUUAAAAAGUACAAAUUUCCUGUGUGUGCCUCAAUGCUGUUUCUGAGUGAUUCUUGUGAGAAGCCCAAUGUAACUGGACCAGUUUCCCAUUAUGGGAACAAGCCUGUCCAGCCCUCUGGAUUGCAUGCUGCCCUCUCUGACCAUGUCAUACAAGAGAUUCUGAAAUCUUCCAGGUUAGAACCAAGUGCAUUUUCCCCAUGUCUGGAUGGGGGCGAUUUUAACUUCUUCUAACUAUUGCUAGUUGGAAUAAACGAGGCUAUCAAACCGUGGUUUGACUAGGAUUCCUUACUAACCAGUUGUGGAGCUGUGGCUUUUUCCUCUGUGCUCAUACAGCUGAGGAUCUGUGCUUAGUUCUAAAGCAGCUUUCCAUCAUUCCCAGGGAGGGAGAAAGGAAAGAGAGCCCAAGCCCCAAGCUUCUUCCUGUGAUACUCAGCUAGCUUACAAAGAGCAGUGGGAUCACACUUGCAAUGGCAGUCGUGCUUUGAGCAAAACAUUUCUGGAAAGUCACAAGGGGACUCUCCAGAGCCACUGUUACCGCAGUACAGGAAACUAAGACUAUAUUGAUGUGAAUAAAGCAACAAAAAGAAUUAUGCUGAAACCUCGCUGCACAUGCCAGAUUCAGAUCCCCAAACAGCCAGAGUUUGUCUACUUCUUUACUUGUGCUUUGCUGGUCGGCCACAUCCAUUUUGGGGCAGAAACCAGGGUGGGAGGCAGGAGAGAUCACAGAAAUGCUCCCCAUGGGAAUGAAUAGAAUGGAAUGAAUGGAAAUUGUUUUGCAAAUGCUCACAUAAUUAAUGAUUUCCAGGGAACACAUAGUGUUCGGUAAGCAGGACCUGCAUGUACAGUGGUAUCUUAGUUUACGAACUCAAUCCAUUCCAGAAGUCCAUUCUUAAACCAAAGCGUUCUUAAACCAAGGCGUGCUUUCCCAUAGCAGCGGGGGACUCAAUUUACAAAUGGAACACACUCAACAGGAAGUGGAACAUGUUGUUAUUCCAGGGCAAAGUUCACAAACCAAAACACCUACUGCUGGGUUUUCAGCAUUCUUCAUAAACUAAGCUGUUCUUAAACCAAGGUACCACUGUGUCUCUUUUAGAAUGUUUGUUUUUCACAACCAUUUUUUCAUUACAGAUCCUAUAUUGCAACACCAUGGAGAGAACUCCCAUAUCAUUGGCUCCUCUUUGGAUAGCCCUGGUUCUGAAGACUCCAAGGAUGUUGAAGAUUUAGUGAGCUGCCACUGAGCACAUCCCACAGUGCUGCAAAAAAUAAAAAGAACUGAGUGCUGAACCACCUUUUCCAAAGAAAGAAAAGCAUUUGCUGAAACAGCUUCAGCCCACCUUUCUGGGCAAAGAAGAGGUUUAAAGAAGUUGUGGCCGCAGCUGAUCAAAGGUUUUUUGCUUCUUAGGUUGUUCCUCUUGAGACUGGAACCAGAUUCUGAUAAGAGGAGAGUUGGAUGCUCUAGGUUAAUAGUGCAGUAACAAGCAAGUCUUGCAAGCAAAGAUAGCAGCUCUUGAGCAUCAACAGGACAAAAUGUAGCCUCAGUGCAGGAACUACAGGAAACAAGGAGUGGCAGGAGAGUUCUAUUUUUCCAGUCCUUUACUGUUACUUCUAGUGCAUUUCAUAUGGAAACACUACUAGUCUGAGAAUACUAGACUUUAGGAGGUUACAAAAGAAUUAUCUGUUGCUGGCGAUGGAUGAAGUAGCCCCAGAAUGAUCAAAUGCACCGAAUCCGUUCCCCACAAGUAUAGGAGAAAAGGACGUCUGAGACUGUUUACUCCCACCCUGACCCCUGCAAUAAACUUAAAUCCCUUUCAGUGCUUAUUCUGAACUCUGCUAUAGAAGCCAAAACCACCUUCACAAUUGAAUUCAUCACCGCAAGUGUGGGAGGUCAGUGCUGUCUGGACUAUCCUGUCACACAAGUUCAGUGAUGGCUGCUGGGUUUUUAUUCCUGCCCCCAUGCGAGGGCUGUAAAAGGAGACACUAAGUGGAGCUUAGAGUCCAACCUGGGUAGGAAACAUGACUCAACACUACAAAGAUAUGUAGAAAAACAAUAUUUAUUGCUGUAAUUAGCUUCCUCAGAAGUCGGUUUGUCUUUAGUCUGUGACUUUCUCUGUUCAUGUGAAAAAUGACAGUAGUUUACAAAACAGUUGGUUGCUUAGGGAGCAAUAACUGUUCAAUUUAAUACAAACAAUAACCUAUUUGUCUUCUGUAACAGUAGGAUGCCUUUUUAUUUAUACUGUAGUACAGACAUUUGCAGUGCUGCAGUUUUUGUACAGUGUAAUAAAAAAAUGCAUUUUUCCCUGCAAGGAAAAAAUUUCGUGCCAUUCUG